CCCCAACGACAUGCAACUGAGCUAGGAGGGCUUCCUCCCGCGGCGGCGGCGGUGGCGGCGGCGGUCCUUGGAGCGACACCCCAGCCCAAACGGAGAGCAGAGAAGCACCCGGUACCCACAGCGGCGGCCCCGCCUCUCCUGGCCGGCCUCGAAGGGGCCAGUGUGGCACCCCCAGAUCCCAGAGGGCGCCUUCCAGGCGGGUACUCUCUCCGCAGUGAACCGGGAGCGCUGGGGGGAGGUCUUUGCGCAUGCCAGGUGCACAGACAGCGAGUUCGCCAGCCUCAGUGCCGGUGCGCAGCGGCGUGCGGGGCAGUGCCUGAAAGGCUGCGCCUCCUCCGCCCUCUCUGCCUUCGCCUCAAGUACUGUCCGGACUCAGUGGCGCAUCGUCCAGGCAUCGUAGACGCCGCCCGACCCGCAGCCCUGCGCGGCUGCAGCCAAUUGCGCCCUGCUAACUUUGAAGGGGGAAAACUGAGUAGCCGGGCUGGAGGGAGGGGGCUCGGGGCCGCGCGGCGCUCCCUUGGCCCCACGGAGCCCCCGGGGCCCCCGCGAGCCCCCGCCGCGUCCGCUGCAACCUCAGCAUUGGAGCCGCCACGGGUUUCCCCCGCGCGCCGCCGGGCCGCCCUGGGCGGGACUCCUCCCGCGGCCUCCGGGGCCACGGGGCGCGCGCAACAGGCGGCCCGAGCCGGCGGGAAGCUGGAGCGCCGACGGCGUCGGCCUCGGAGGGGUGUGGAGAGGCGAGGCCAGGCAGAGCCCCGCGCAGCCAUGGAGUCGCUCCUGCUGCCGGUGCUGCUGCUGCUGGCCGUACUGUGGACGCAGGCAGCCGCCCUCAUUAACCUCAAGUACUCGGUGGAAGAGGAGCAGCGUGCCGGGACGGUGAUUGCCAACGUGGCCAAGGACGCGCGGGAUGCGGGCUUCGCGCUGGACCCCCGGCAGGCCUCAGCCUUUCGCGUGGUGUCCAACUCGGCUCCACACCUAGUGGACAUCAACCCCAGCUCUGGCCUCCUGGUCACCAAGCAGAAGAUUGACCGUGACCUGCUGUGCCGCCAGAGCCCUAAGUGCAUCAUCUCACUCGAGGUCAUGUCCAGCUCAAUGGAAAUCUGCGUGAUUAAGGUAGAGAUCAAGGACCUGAACGACAAUGCGCCCAGUUUCCCGGCAGCACAGAUCGAGCUGGAGAUCUCGGAGGCAGCCAGCCCUGGGACACGCAUCCCGCUGGACAGCGCCUAUGAUCCGGACUCUGGAAGCUUUGGCGUGCAGACUUACGAGCUCACUCCCAAUGAGAUGUUCGGCCUGGAGAUCAAGACGCGUGGCGACGGCUCGCGCUUUGCCGAACUGGUAGUGGAAAAGAGCCUGGACCGCGAGACGCAGUCGCACUACAGCUUUCGCAUCACUGCGCUAGACGGUGGCGACCCGCCACGCCUGGGCACCGUUGGCCUCAACAUCAAGGUGACCGACUCCAAUGACAACAACCCGGUGUUUGGCGAGUCCACCUACACGGUGAGCGUGCCAGAAAACUCCCCUCCCAACACACCCGUCAUCCGCCUCAACGCCAGCGAUCCAGACGAGGGCACCAACGGCCAGGUGGUCUAUUCCUUCUAUGGCUACGUCAACGACCGCACGCGCGAGCUCUUUCAGAUUGACCCGCACAGUGGCCUGGUCACUGUCACUGGCGCUUUAGACUAUGAAGAGGGCCACGUGUAUGAACUGGACGUGCAGGCCAAGGACUUAGGGCCCAAUUCCAUCCCGGCUCACUGCAAGGUCACUGUCAGCGUGCUGGACACCAAUGACAAUCCACCGGUCAUCAACCUGCUGUCAGUCAACAGCGAGCUUGUGGAGGUCAGCGAGAGCGCCCCCCCGGGCUACGUGAUCGCCUUGGUGCGGGUGUCUGAUCGCGACUCGGGCCUCAAUGGACGUGUACAGUGCCGUUUGCUGGGCAAUGUGCCCUUUCGACUGCAGGAAUAUGAGAGCUUCUCCACUAUUCUAGUGGACGGACGGCUGGACCGCGAGCAGCACGACCAAUACAACCUCACAAUUCAGGCACGCGACGGCGGCGUGCCCAUGCUGCAGAGUGCCAAGUCCUUUACCGUGCUCAUCACUGAUGAAAAUGACAACCACCCGCACUUUUCUAAGCCCUACUACCAGGUCAUUGUGCAGGAGAACAACACACCUGGCGCCUAUCUGCUCUCUGUGUCUGCUCGCGACCCCGACCUGGGUCUCAACGGCAGUGUCUCCUACCAGAUCGUGCCGUCGCAGGUGCGGGACAUGCCUGUCUUCACCUAUGUCUCCAUCAACCCCAACUCAGGCGACAUCUACGCGCUGCGAUCCUUUAACCACGAGCAGACCAAGGCGUUUGAAUUCAAGGUGCUGGCCAAGGACGGCGGCCUCCCCUCACUGCAAAGCAACGCGACGGUGCGGGUCAUCAUCCUCGACGUCAACGACAACACCCCGGUCAUCACAGCCCCACCUCUGAUUAACGGCACUGCCGAGGUCUACAUACCCCGCAACUCUGGCAUAGGCUACCUGGUGACUGUUGUCAAGGCAGACGACUACGAUGAGGGCGAAAAUGGCCGAGUCACCUACGACAUGACCGAGGGCGACCGCGGCUUCUUUGAAAUAGACCAGAUCAAUGGCGAAGUCAGAACCACCCGCACCUUUGGGGAUAGCUCCAAGUCCUCCUAUGAGCUUAUCGUGGUGGCCCACGACCACGGCAAGACAUCUCUCUCUGCCUCUGCUCUUGUCCUAAUCUACUUGUCCCCUGCUCUCGAUGCCCAAGAGUCAAUGGGCUCUGUGAACUUGUCCUUGAUUUUCAUUAUUGCCCUGGGCUCCAUUGCGGGCAUCCUCUUUGUAACUAUGAUCUUCGUGGCAAUCAAGUGCAAGCGAGACAACAAAGAGAUCCGGACCUACAACUGCAGUAAUUGUUUAACCAUCACUUGUCUCCUCGGCUGUUUUAUAAAAGGACAAAACAGCAAGUGUCUGCAUUGCAUCUCGGUUUCUCCCAUUAGCGAGGAGCAAGACAAAAAGACAGAGGAGAAAGUGAGCCUAAGGGGAAAGAGAAUCGCUGAGUACUCCUAUGGGCAUCAAAAGAAAUCAAGCAAGAAGAAAAAAAUCAGUAAGAAUGACAUCCGUCUGGUACCCCGGGAUGUGGAGGAGACAGACAAGAUGAACGUUGUCAGUUGCUCUUCCCUGACCUCGUCCCUCAACUAUUUUGACUACCACCAGCAGACACUGCCCCUGGGCUGCCGCCGCUCUGAGAGCACUUUCAUGAAUGUGGAGAACCAGAAUACCCGUGCUAACCACAUCUACCAUCACUCUUUCAACAGCCAGGGGCCCCAGCAGCCUGACCUGAUUAUCAACGGUGUGCCUCUGCCUGAGACUGAAAACUAUUCUUUUGACUCCAACUACGUGAAUAGCCGAGCUCAUUUAAUCAAAAGCAGCUCCACCUUCAAGGACUUAGAGGGCAACAGCCUGAAGGAUAGUGGACAUGAGGAGAGCGACCAAACUGACAGUGAGCAUGAUGUCCAGCGAAGCCUGUAUUGUGAUACUGCUGUCAAUGAUGUGCUGAACACCAGUGUGACCUCCAUGGGAUCUCAGAUGCCUGACCAUGAUCAGAAUGAGGGAUUUCAUUGCCGGGAAGAAUGCCGGAUUCUUGGCCACUCUGACAGGUGCUGGAUGCCCCGGAAUCCCAUGCCCAUCCGUUCCAAGUCCCCGGAGCAUGUGAGGAACAUCAUUGCGCUGUCCAUUGAAGCUGCUGCUGCUGAUGUUGAGCCUUAUGACGACUGCGGCCCCACUAAACGGACUUUCGCAACCUUUGGAAAAGAUGUCAGCAACCACCCGGCUGAGGAGAGGCCCACCCUGAAAGGCAAGAGGACUGUGGAUGUGACCAUCUGCAGUCCCAAGGUCAACAGCGUUAUCCGGGAGGCAGGCAAUGGCUGUGAGGCGAUUAGCCCUGUCACCUCCCCGCUCCACCUCAAGAGCCCUCUACCCACCAAGCCUUCCAUGUCUUACACCAUUGCGCUGGCUCCCCCAGCCCGUGAUCUGGAGCAGUAUGUCAACAAUGUCAACAAUGGCCCUUCUCGUCCCUCUGAAGCUGAGCCCCGUGGAGCUGACAGCGAGAAAGUCAUGCAUGAGGUCAACCCCAUUCUGAAGGAAGGUCGCAACAAAGAGUCCCCUGGUGUGAAGCGUCUGAAGGAUAUCGUUCUCUAAACCAGUCUCCGGGAAGAAGAGAAAGAAACCACACUGGCUAGUGAAGAAGCAGGAGCUGCUUGUUUUAAUUGCUCACCAAUGGUUGGUUCUCAAGUGGCUAUAUUUCAGAGCUUUCCCUAAAUGUAUUGUUUAUAGAUAACUUAUCAUUCCGUGACAAUCCCUUGUUUCAACAGGCAGCAGGGGUGUUCAGUUGGAGCAAAUUAGCUUUGGCUUGAGUUGUUCAUGGGGCCUUGAUGUUGGGGAAACAGAGACAAAUUCAGUUGUGAAAAGUAUUAUGUAUUAAGUGUUUGAAUUUAUAUAUUUUUCUAUGUCAAAAUUAUAAUAUAAAUUACCAUUGUUUGUGGAGGAUUACAUUUAAAAAAGCAAAAAGCAAAAAAAAAAAAAAAAGCUCUGGACACCUUUAAUAAGCUCGCCACUGUUUUUUGUAGUGUAGACAAGUUAAUGGUCAUUUAUUGUGUACUAUUCAUUGAUUCAGUGAUGUGAAAUUGAGCCCCCAAAAGAUUGUUUCCAAAGCUCAAGUACUUUCCAAUGCCGCUACUUUGCUGUGGACACCCCUGCUUUAAAAACCCUUUUGCUAGCUGUGCUAUUGUUGUAUUUGAUAUUGCAAAUUGCUAUGUGUGUGGUGAUGGCAAAAGGCUUUUAAAGGUUGGUAUUUUCUUUUUCUUAAAAAAAAUAAUAAAACUACAGACAAAAACAAAGUGCAAACAACUGAGACAGCAAAUGAAUGAGCAACACCACUCAUAUAGAUUGAGUACUUGGAGGAUACUCAUGUUUUUUAACCCAUGUAGUGAUUGCUUGCCACCUUACAAAGUAUUUUUCCUGCCUUUCAGUGGUCUGCCCAGGUCCAUGAUAGAUCAUGGCAGAAAGUCAUUUUUGGAUAGGCUGCUAUCUAAUUUGCAGUUGUCAGAAAUACUGUGCUGAAAGUUUUAUGACAUUCAUCUUUUAAAUUUUCAGGCCCCGAACAGGAAAGUUGCUCCUGAAGUUAUGUUUCCAGGCUUAGAAUUCCCUCUCUCCUGUCAUCUAAAACUGAAAAUGACUGAAUCUAUUUUAAGAUCUAUAUUAGCAUCUUCAGACACACACUUCCUGAUUCAGUGUUUCCCAAUCAUGAUUAGAAUGAGACUGCAAAGCACGUUAUGGGCUGGAAUUGAGAACUCCAUGUUACUCUGUAUCUUAGGCUUAUACAUAGGGAUGGAGUAAGCAGUACAAAGUGUACAUGUUGGAAAAGACAGGUAACAGGUAACAGCACCACUAAUCCAGUUACUGUGCCUUCUAAAUGGAGACACUCAGACACUUGAACUCAUCUUUUUAUGACUAAUACUUUUUUGAUUAAAAAUGUGAACAAGAAAAUAUUAAAAAUCCCUUAGAUUUAGCUAACUCUUUUUGCUGUAGGCUACGAAUACACCCUUUUUAAAUUAACAAACUUUACAUUCUUUUUUUCCAUUUUAACAUUCCUCUAGCUCCCUCAUUUAUCUUUUGUCUAUUAAUAUUUGAUACCCAACAUAGUAUUUUUGCAGCCUAAGAGUUCAUUAUUUAAAAAUAAACUAAAGAAAUAUGUCACCUUUGUUCUGCCUUGGUCUUAAGAGAGUUGUUUCUAGAGAAACAAGUUUUAUGAUUCUGUUUUCAUUUGUUUCAUUUUUUUGAAAUUCAAGACAGAAAGAAGGCCUAGUAGAGGUUAGACCACUAGAAUGCAAAAGAGGAUUUAUUUUCUUAAGUUUAGAUAGAUAAGUCAGCUCUUUUGAAUGUUUUACUUAUUUUUGCCUGAGUUCCUAGCUUUACACAUUACUAGGAAUAUUUUCUUUUAUGGGAGGGAGAAGGGUUUUGAGGGAGGGAUGGGUAAGGCAGUGGGGAUGGGGUUAGGUAGGGGAGAACAUUUCUGAAAAAGAACCUAUAAUGAAGCUACAAAUCCAUCCUUAUUUCUUAUUCAGUGCUGCAUACUACCUCAUGCAAAAUAUUGGUGUGGCUGCAAAUUUCCCUCUGAAACUGACACAAUUAAGGAUGAAUUAUCAUAACAUCUUCAUUUUGCCUCAUUUCAUUGUCUCUCAUACAGUUUUCUCCCUUUGAUUUAUUUCAUUUUGGUAGUGGAUUUUAAAUCAUUUAUUUUUCUUUGCAAGUGACUAUUAGAUUAACACAUUAAAAAUUAAAAAAAUUUUUCCUUUUAAGUUAUGAUGACUGCCUAUAGAAUUUAGACUGUUUCUCACCCUGAUCCAUCCUGAUAUUAUGUUAUUAGCAGCCAUUUCAAGGUCACUUUGAAGUCAGACUUCACAGUUUUCUACAGGUGUAUUUCUUGCUAUGCUCAGUGGGAACGAGGGAGCAGAAAAGAUUGUUGAAAGUGGGAACAUUAAAUGUCACGUGGCUGUUAAGCCAGAGAGGCCACUGGUUGCCAUGUCUCUUAUCAUCCAAGUUUUAAAUGGUUAGAGUGGCACUGGCAUUGGCUUUGCUUUUCACUUCGGUUUUUUAAAUUUCUUUUACUAAUUAAUCUUCAAGCUAUAGAUCCAUUGUCUUUCCCUAUCCAAAUACUUUGUUCUCAGUGGGCAGUCAGAGUUUUUUGGCUUCCAAACCUCACUGAGCAUGUUCAGAGAAUUCCUCUCCUUAAGGAAAUAUUUUCCCCACAAUUGUCUGAUGUAUGAGUCCUCUCAGAAGCAUGAGUGCAUCCUAGGAGAGCUUUAUAAGGUGCUUUUGUAGGCAGGCUGUACCUGCAAAUAGGCAUUCUGAGCAAGGAUCCUAAAUUUCCCUUUGGCUCAUGUUCCCUACCCGCCCCCCGCCCCCAACCUCACCUUCUCCUUUUUGGCAUGUCUGGUGAAAAGCUACAAGGUCCACAGGGCCAAAUAUUCUUCCAUUUCCUUCUCUAAACAUGUUCCACACUUAAACUCAAGGGAGCAAUUUCGGUUCCUAAGUCCUAGGGAGUUCUAUUCCAUUUAUUCUGAUGUUCCUUUUAAGGAGGAGUUGGUGUUGAAGUGUGACAUGCUUUAAUAACAACUACUUUGGCAGUUCCCCAGACAGGUAAACUACUUCAUCCAAUAUAAGGAGCCUAGUUUACAUUGAUUGAUUGCUUUCCCCCAAAUAUGGGCAUAUACAAUAUAACAAAGGAGAAGGGGGCAAUGCCAUGUGGAAUCCCUUUUUACUUUUCCCUUCAGGCACUAAUCUAUGAACCUCUUCAGAAUGAAACUUACCAUCCCUUUGGUCCUCUUAAAGCCAGUAGAGUAAAUUAUGGCCCACCUUAUUGCUGAAAUAGGUAAUGGGCCCCAAAGGAUCCUGCAGUUUCUGUAGAGCAGUGGUUCUGAAGUGUAGUUCCUGGAUCUGCAGCAACAACAUUACGUGGGGUCUUGUUAGAAGAGCUAAUUCUCUGUUCCCACCUAGACCAAUUGAAUAAAAAAUUCUGGGGGUGGGGUCUAAAAAUGCUUAUGAAUCAGACGCCCAUUAAAAGUUGAGGGUUUGUUAAAGCACAGGUUGACAGUUCCCUGACAGAGUUUUAAAUUCAGUUGGUCUGGGGUUGGGUCUGCAUUUUUAUAUAUCUAAAAAUUCCCAGAUGAUAUUAAUGCAGCUGAUCCAGGCAGUAUACUAUGAGGACCAUUUCUCUAGCAGAAACCUGCCUGAUAGAGCUAAUUGCACCUAAGGUGUUCAUUGAAACAAAUUCGCUCAUUUAGUGAUCCACUGAUCCCUAAUCAAAUAUAUUUUAAAAAAUAUAAUUUAUAUCUCUGAAAACUGGAACCUCCCAGAGCAUCAUCUUGAUAGUGUUACUUCAGCAUAUGACUGACUGAUUGUAUAAGGGAAUUUAGUUGACUUUUCCCUGUAACCUUAUUAUAUUUUAAAAAGUAAAAAAUAAAAGUGGUCCACUUAAAGCAGCAAGGACAAAGGGCAGUUUAGGGAGAGGCAGGGUGAAGGAAAUAGCUCGACUGGGCAUCCAGGGUGAAAAAAGGAUUAUUAUUGUAUAUAAUAGCAAUUCUGGCUGGAAUUCCAAUCCACUUUCUGGGGAUCAUUUUGAUGUUGAAUAUUCCCCAAAGCAUUCUGACAAGUUAGUCCACUUGGCUCUUUACCCUGGGUAAUAAGACCCUUAUUGCCUUCGAAAAACUGGCAUAAGUGAGCUUAAGAAAUCCAUUGUAUACAGUCCUAGUGUUUGCCUUCUUGGUAAAAUUACAUUUAAGGAUGUCAUUUCAUGAGUCAAAUUGUAUCUGCUGACACUGAAGUGUAUUGAGAUGUUGUUCUUUAGUUUAAGUAUGUAACAAAGUAAUAUUCAAAGGGGAUGUGUGGGGGUGGGGCUGGGACUGGGUGGCUUUAUAUUGAUAAUGAAAUAUUCCAGAGCAAAACACAUUGUCCUAAUGAAGUUGUUGCAGCUCUCUUUGUUUUCUUGUGAGGCUGGAAUUGGCCUGUGGGUCACUUGUUGUGAAAAAGUGAAUUAAUUUCAAAUAAGAAUCAUAUUGCUUUUGUGAAACAAAGAAAAUCUACCACCUUGUCUGAAAUAUAGAUUGGAAGGCGCUCUUGGUAAAGAAUAACCCACAAACACCUGAUCUUGAUUGGAAAGCAUUGUAGGUCAUUAGGGAAAACUGAUGAUGCCGACUGUUGCUCCAGCUGUGUUGGCAAUUCAAGAUGACCUUGUUACUAACUGAAAGUUGCUGUCAACCUUAGCAAACAAACCAGCUAACACCAUUACAGCACUGGUUAAGUAGUUUUUUACUGGCACUGGCUGGCGUUCAGCUGAGGAAGGCUAGGAUACAGACUUUAAUGACCAAGAGCCAGACUAGCUCAAGCUAGAAAUUCAGCAACAAAUACCUCCUUGUGCUAUUUGAAUGCUAAGGUAUUAGUUGCAAAAGGCUUACGCCUUCGCUCCUCUAGUGAGGGGAAUGAGCCUGAUGACACUAUUACUGUUUACCUGUCAAACCAGGGUGGAAAUUUAGAGGGAUGCAAGUACAGUAUGUCUCAUUAAGCAGUCUGUUGCUGAUUAUAUGAAGAUGAAGUUGUUGUAUAUGCUGAUCUGUAUGUUAUGUACAUUUUCACAGUGAUUGAAUCAUUGUAAAAAGAAAAAAGACAAAAAAGAAUCACCACUGUCUAUUUUAUGAUGAUGAUAAAGCAGCUUUAUUAAAUUAUUACAGUUAUGUUUUAAAUGGUGUUAUCUGCCACAUUGUUUCCUUUUAUCUGGUGGUUCUCUGUUUCCCCCUUUAAAUGUGUUUUCUCUGCUUCAAAAAUUUAAUGCAUUUUAGUAUUAAAGGCUAUUAUGGAAAAAUUA